UCACGUUGACGUUAAAGAGGGAAAAAGAUGAGGUCUCGAAGCCAGAUAGCAAAGUGAAGCAGGGAACGUAUUCGAUUUUUACAACUGAGAACAGAAUCAAGAAGAAGACUUUGGAUGGAUGUGGUGAUAACUACAUGGAUCUUACCACAACUCAUUUUUCAAAGUAUCUGAAUCCUCGACCAAUCAGGUCUGUAAAUACAGGCUACCUAAAGUUUCAGGAGCAUGUAGCCAGUGAAAAGGCAGAGAAAGGAGAGUUUCUGGAAGAACCGAAUUGGUUUCUGGUGGAGAAGGCUUAUGUGACUGGAUUAUCGACAUGUCGAGGGAUGUGGAAGCUAGUUGAAAAUGAGGUUGUUCAUUUCUGCUUUCCAAAGUCUGAUGUGAGACGAAGGCCUGGGAAUCAUUGGGUGAGUGCAAAGACUGCAGCUGCUGCGUCUGAGAUUGUCCGCUUCUCUACAAAGCGAUCUGGAGAGAUUGGGAGGCUUCCAACGGAGUGGGCGCGGUGCCUAAUUCCCCUUGUGAGUUCAUCCAAGGUUAAGGUUCAAGGGCGGUGUGUAUUGUCUGUUCAGCAGCUUAGCUUAAUGCAAGAGAUUGUUUUAUAUGUUAGUUUUUAUAUCCAUGGCUCAAUUUUUACAACGGGGGAUAAAUCCUCAUGGAAACUUGUGUCUGCAUCACAAUUGGAUUCCACCAUUCAUCCACUCCCUACCUUGUUCAAGCUACUGAAAAUAAAACCAUUUAAAAAGGCUGAUUUUACUCCAGAGGAACUUGAUACUCGCAAGCGUUCAUUAAAUCUGAAAGAUGAUGAUGACGAUGAACCUCAACAAAUAGUGGGUCUAGCAAAGCGAAGAAGAGGAGGCCAAACAUAUCCAGAGCAAAGUAAUGAUGAACAAGCAGUCUCAGAGUCAUCCUUGAAUAAGCUUGUUGGUGCUGCUGAAGUAUAUGACUUGAAGGAAGCAGAACCCCCAAGCACACUUACAUGUGAACUAAGAUCAUACCAGAAACAAGCCCUCCACUGGAUGUCAGAAUUAGAGAAGGGAAUUGAUUUUGAGCAAGCAGCAAAAACCCUUCAUCCAUGCUGGGAUGCUUAUAAUAUCUCUGACAAGAGAGCAUCUGCUGUUUAUGUCAAUGUGUUCUCAGGAGAAGCUACUACAAAUUUCCCAAGUGCGACACAAAUGGCUAGAGGAGGAAUUUUAGCAGAUGCAAUGGGACUAGGGAAGACAGUGAUGACUAUAGCUUUGAUACUUGCAAACCCUGGAAGAGGAAUUUCGCAUGACAAAGACAUCGAAAUGAGUAAUGACAAUCAUCAAUCUACUGGCAUCUCCAACACAAAGACAUCAACUGUAGUCAAAGGUGGCACUCUUAUUGUAUGCCCCAUGGCAUUAUUGGGUCAAUGGAAGGAUGAGUUGGAAACUCAUUCAAAACCGGGCUCAAUUUCUGUCUUUGUACACUAUGGUGGUGACAGAACCAAUGAUCCCAAAAUCGUUGCAGAUAAUGAUGUGGUUCUCACCACAUACGGCGUCUUAGCUGUGGCUUAUAAAUGCGAUCCAGGAAAAGUCAGCAUCUUUCAUCAAAUCGAAUGGUAUAGAGUGGUAUUGGAUGAAGCACACACAAUUAAAUCCUCUAAAACUCGAGUUGCUCAAUCAGCAUUUGCUCUUGUCUCACACUGUAGAUUGUGCCUUACGGGCACUCCUCUACAGAAUAAUUUGGAAGAUCUCUACAGCCUUCUCUGCUUUUUACGUGUUGAACCGUGGUGCAAUUGGGCAUGGUGGCAUAAACUAAUCCAGAGACCAUAUGAAAGUGGUGACGAGAGAGGGUUGAGAUUAGUUAAAGCAAUUCUAAGGCCAUUGAUGCUCAGGAGAACAAAAGAGACAACAGAUAAAGAAGGAAGGCCUAUUCUAGUCCUUCCUCCAGUCAAUGUUCAAGUAGUUGAAUGCGAACAAUCUGAAGCUGAAAGAGACUUCUAUGAUGCUCUAUUCAAGAAAUCAAAGGUAAGAUUUGAUCAGUUUGUUGCUCAAGGAAAAGUUCUCCAUAACUACGCUUCCAUUCUCGAGCUACUUCUUCGCUUAAGACAAUGCUGCAACCAUCCAUUCCUUGUCAUGAGCCGAGGAGACAACCAGGAAUAUGCAGAUCUCAACAAGCUUGCACGUCACUUCCUCGAAGGGACUACCCAAAACUCUGUUAACUCCACUUCUUCAGCACCCACAAGAGCUUUUGUCGAAGAGGUGGUGGAGGGGAUCAGGCGGGGUGAAGUGACUGAGUGCCCCAUAUGUCUAGAAUCUGCUUCCGAUGAUCCUGUUCUCACACCAUGCGCACAUAGAAUGUGCCGUGAAUGCCUCCUAUCAAGCUGGAGGAGUCCAUCUGGAGGACCGUGCCCAAUUUGUCGGAAACCUCUGACUAAGACUGACCUUAUUACAUGCCCGACCGAGAGCCGGUUCCAGGUUGAUGUUGUAAAGAACUGGAAAGAGUCAUCCAAGGUCACCAAACUACUCAAAUGUCUACAGAGCAUUCAUAAUGCUGGGCUAGGCGAAAAGAGCAUCAUCUUCAGCCAGUGGACUUCAUUCCUCGAUCUACUCGAAAUCCCUUUAAAGAAGAAGAGUGUCGGAUUCUUACGGUUUGAUGGGAAGCUUUCCCAGAAGCAAAGAGAAAAGGUCUUGAAAGAGUUCAGUGAAAGCACAGAUAAGCUUGUGUUACUGAUGUCACUAAAAGCCGGAGGAGUAGGACUAAAUUUGACGGCGGCUUCAAAUGUAUUUCUGAUGGAUCCUUGGUGGAAUCCUGCAGUUGAAGAACAAGCGAUAAUGAGAAUUCAUCGAAUUGGCCAAAAACGGCAAGUUAGAGUUCGUCGAUUCAUUGUUAAGGAUACUGUUGAAGAGAGGAUGCAACAAGUGCAAGCUAGAAAACAGAGAAUGAUUGCUGGAGCUCUUACUGAUGAGGAAGUUCGAAGUGCUCGAAUCGAGGAACUUAAAAUGCUAUUCAGGUGAAGUUCUUCGGCUUUUUUAUUAUCCUCUCAAUAUAUAUAUAUAUAUAUAUAUAUAUGAUGAAUGAUCUGUAUAUAUUGGAAAAUUCUCGCAUAAAUUCUUGGUUAUUUUUGUGAAAUUCUUUGAAAUUUAUGAUUUCAGGGAGUU